AUGUCCUCCACCCUCCCGUUCCUCGAUCAGUUCAAUGCCCCCUCAACCGAGGGCGGAAAGAGGAUUUCGAUCUACACCCCUAAGCACACCCAUGUCGGCGACAACACUUUGCUAACGCUACUUCUCAGUAACCCCACUGAUGUCUUCAAUAAACUCAAAACCCAUCACCCCGAGGCAACCAAUGCCACUGACCACGCUGCACUAGAAGUGUAUCUCUCCGCUCGCCAUGAAUACGACGAGGCUGUCAAGGCAGCCGAUGAGGCCAUUGACCACCACAAGCAGCUCCUACGUCAACAGGACGACCACGUCCUCACCAAGCUCAUUCGACUCGACAAUCUGAAAGUUGCCCAUCGCUUUCAACCGCUCCUACCAUGCAGCAUCCGGGCGCGACACAACAAAUUCAUCCCGCGCGCCAUCCCCAACGCGUACCUACCCCUACCCGCACCCCUACCGAUGUCUGCCUUCAGGCGGCCCCCGAUCCCAUCCCCUUUCCUCCAAGCAACACCGCGGAGCACUACUAUCCCGGCUGACUGGCAACCCAACCCUGGGUGGACCCCGAAGGGAAGAUGCGGGAAAGAAGCCCCUGGACACCUGGAGCGGGAGUGCGGAACCAGGCCUAUGAAGCGACACGUAUCCGCACCACCUGAAGAACCUGCGCGACGCGUGGGGGUGGUCAUCGACAACGUGUUCCUCGAGGGAAUCAUCAACGAGGCGAAGGAGAGGAAGGAAAAAGAGAGGCAGACGAAGGCGGUACCCAUCCCCCCACCGCGCAGCGCUAACCCCGAACCCCAGGCUAGUCCCAUUGCGGGAUCCUCACGCCCCCGCCCCGAUACACCCGUCGUCUUUCGCAAAGUCGACCCCAACUGGACACCCGACACUACUCCAUGGACGUGGGACAGCUCCUGGCCGCGUCAGGAGCACCUCUCUGGUGAGGAAUGGAAGAAUGUGGGAAGGAAUGCACGCAACGAAUGGUUCGAUGAAGAGGAGGACGAUGGCGUAGACUGGGAGUUGUAUGGAGAUGGCGAGCAGUAA